CGCGUGCGUGUGUGUGUGUAGUUACUAACCUCCUCGUCAUCUUCGCCUCCACCGCCGCCGCUGAGCCCGUCCGUCCAGUUCGGUGCCGCGCGUCAGACGACCGCUCGCCGUGGUCACGCAGACACGCAUGUAAUCGCGGCGCGUCGCCGUCCGUUUUCUCGUCGGCCAUUUGCCGUAUUUCGCGCCCAUUUUCUUUCGAUCUUUUACGCGCGUCCUUUGCUCUCCUUCCCUUUUCGUCGUCGCGUUAUUCUUCGUCCGAGCUGAAAACGCGCGAAAAAGUGUUCUCCCGACGAGUGCGUUCCAUGCGUGUAUGUGCUCGCGUGCCUUUCGCCCGUUGUCGUGGUUUUCAAAAGCGCCGGUCGACCGGAGUCACGUGUUCGAAAUAAAUCGUUUCCCCUCUUCCCCCGUUAUUGCACGGUUCUCGAACGCCGACGCUUUCCCGCUACGUCGAAAAUCAUCGCCGCAGCCAGUGCGUAAGAGUGCGCUCGCGCGCGCCAAUCGCCGCCGCGUCCUGCACGUGCGCGCCGAAAACAGAAAACGGUCGUGGUGCGUGAAAACCAUCCGCACACAAUAUCCGAUGCGCCAUCACGAGCGUCGGAACAAUCUCGGCCUCUAAAAGCCCGACGCACGGCCUAUGAAGUUGCAGAUAUUAUGUGGGCGCGCGAAAUGUAGGCGUCGGGCGAGCUAGCAUGCGGAGCGCCAGCACAGUGAGCGGCCCUCUACUGUCUGUUUCAACGCCUGCCAGCCAACAAAACCGGUUCGCUGCCGUCCACCUGCUCACCGGCCAAUUAUUGUAUUUCAUUGUCGAGGGUAAAUCUCGGGUGAAAGAAGUUUACUCACAGCUGUCGGCUUAUAUGAUUGCUCAAGGAAUGCAGGACGUCGAACUGUUGGCACUAGCAUUCAUUUUAGACGAAGAAUAUUUUUUCACCGACCCCGAGAGUAAACUGUCCAAGUAUUCGCCGAAAAGUUGGAAAUCGUCUUCGACAUAUGGUCUUGAUCAAAACGGCCAACCUUUACUGCAAUUGCAUUUACGCGUCAAGUUCUACGUGGACACUACUAAAUCUCUGCGCGAUGACAUCACCCGGCAACACUAUUACCUUCAACUGCGCAAGAACAUCGCGGACAGGGGCGGGAGCACGGAUGAUGGCGAUCAGAACGUACUGCCGCUGGUGGCGCUCGGCCUGCAGGCGGACCUUGGCGACCACACGGCCGAUACGGACAUAUCGUCCGAGUUGCUCGAACAGUAUCUGCCGUCAAAGGUGUACAAGAACAACGAGCACAAGGUGAAACAGACGCUAUGCGCACUGCACAAGGGCCACAAGGGCGUGUCAAAAAGUCGUGCGCAAUCGAUGUUCGUCCAGGAAGCCGGUUUGGUGCACAAGUCUCAUCUGUACCGGUUGCGGUUAAACAAGUCUCAGCCGAAACAGACGCAGGGCAGCGCGAUAUCCAUGUGCAACAGCGUGUGGUUGGCCAUUUGCACUAACGGCGUACAGUUGUUUCACGAAAGUUUGUCACAAGCGCUCAGUUGUUUGUUCUUAUGGAAUAACAUUGUCAAGUUAUGUUUCGACCGUAAGAAAUUCGAGUUAAGACCGUCGAAUGCGGAUCGACUGGUGUACUACACGAAUUCGGACGAGAAAAGUAAGCGACUUUUAGCGCUGUGCAGAGACACGCAUCAGUUUUGCAUGACUGUGCACCCAAAGCUUUUGGAUACGUUUUUGAACAACAACGCACCGGAUAAGAAUGCGUGUGAUGGGCAGAAAUGGACAAAUGAGAAAAAAUCAAAAUCUAUCAACGAUAAUGGCGCAGCGACCGACGGGAAGAAAUACGAGAAUGGCGGUUGUUCCGAUACCGGAAUUUCGACGACCGAUCAAAAAACUACCGCUUUCAAGGAAAAGAUGACGGCGAACGGGAGCAUAUCGUCUAGCGUGGAGCUGGGAUACAGUCACACCGCUCAGAAUUCGACCGUGUCCGAUGCGGAGUAUUCGGUGCAAUCGAUACAGGACGGGAGCGUCACGUAUCUCAUAUAUAGGCGGCCGAGGGCCCGAGCGGCGUACGUGGAGAACAGCAACCAAUCGGCGAACACCAGCAGCGGCGUGUACACGUGCGCCAGCUACAGUUCGGCGUCCAAGGACACAGCGUCUGCGUCGUACACUACCGAGAACUGCAGCAGCGUGGGCUGCGACGACAGCGGCAGCGGUUACAAGCCGGUCGCGGCGUCCGGCCGUCAAUCGGUCGCGCUGUCGUCCACGGCACCGGCGGACACGGACUCGGCGUACAGCGCAUCGCUACCGCCCGACACAGUGGCCGCAUCGUCCACGUCGACGGACGACAACGAUGGCAACGACCACGACGAGAAUGCGGCGGCGGCCAACGGUCUGAAACAGGCGUCCGUGGCGGUCGACGACUGCGACGGCGGUGUCCGGGUCGGCCAUCGCGGCGACGACGACGGCGGCACCGACGAGCUGUACGAUCUGUCGGCCACGGCCACCAGCGACAGUUCGUAUUGCGUCGGCGGUGGUGUCACGACCGCGACCACUACGUCCGACGUGGACCCGUCGUCGUCGUCCAAGUGCGGCGAAACCGGUUGCGGCAGUCGAUGCGCGUUGGACGGCUACACAGAUCCCAAUGCCGUCGGUAGCAGCGCCAGUGGCCGCAGCCGAAGUGGCUCGGUGGUCAGCAACUCGGGCAGUUUCCGCGGCGACGGCAGCGACCCGUCCGAGGGCGGUCGCGGUGCUCUGCUGUCGGCCGCCGAGCUGUCCGACCUAAUCGUCGGCCGCAAGUCGUUGCAAACACCUCGGAAGGGCUUCUACCCGUCCAGGCCGACCACCAGCUCGACGCUCGACUCGGACUCUGACUACGUGACGCUGCCACCGCCGAUGAACUUCGUCACGGGCGCCCCGUCGCUGUCUAACCUGUCGCUGACCAACUUCGACUGUGGCACCGGCACCAUGGGCAGUACCCCCAGGGACGUGCGCCGCUCGUUCGACCUGCUGUCCAACGUGAUCAAAUUCUGCAGUGGCCAUCACCACCAUCAUCACCACCACCAGUGUGUGGUGAACAGCAACAACUAUCUGGACGUGCACAAGAGUGGCACCGCUUUCUACCAUCACAUCUACCCGACGGCCGCUGCAUCCGCUGUGCCGCCGCUCGUGCACGCCCGGCAACCUCCGCCACCGCCUCCGCCGCCGAGGCCGAAGCGAUUCGAUCUGCAGUUCGAGCAGUACAAACAGCAGCUACGGUCCGACGUGGAUUUCGUCGUGUAUCCACUCCAAGACCCCGCGGUCAGCCGCCAAGAGUACGUGGACGCUAAGCUAGCCCACGGUCGCCGACAUCAGCAGCAGUACCACCGGUACUACGGCCGCGAUCCGCCGUCGUACCAAGCCAACGCGCAUCUGUACCGGAGCACGCCGAACGUGGCGGCCGCCGUAUCGCCACCACCGCCCUCUUCGUCCGCGUCGUCGUCGUCAUUGUCCCAGCACCACCAUCAGCAGCACCAAAAGCAUCAGCAGCAGCAGCAACAGUACCACCAUCAUCACCAUCAUCUCGACCAGCAGCAGACGCUUCCGCUGCCGCCACCGCCGCUACCGCCGUUGCCACCGCACUUGAAGUACGCGUCCAAUCAGAACCUGCUGUUCCCGGCCACCGUGGCCGCGGCCGCCGAUUACACGGCAGUGCAUCACCACCGUCACCGACUAAACCCCUUUCCGCUGCCGGUGAGGACGUGUUCGCACGACGACCUGUUGGCCGCCACGUCCGCGGCGCCGGCCGUGCCGCCCAAAGUGUUGUACCGACGGCGACCGCCGCCGCCGCCGCCGCCCGUCACCGGACUGCAGAAACCCACGGCCGUCGUCAAUCAACAAAGGCCGUCGGCCGUUGACGCGGCUACCGCGACGACCACGUCGUCCGGGCCUUCGCUCACCGUGUUGGACAUCGAAUCGCUGCGGGAAAAGAGCCGGAACCUCGACCUGCCGCUCAUAUCGGCAUUGUGUAACGACCAGACGCUGCUCAAACAGACCAACGCGCUGGCCAUGGAAAACAAAGCCACGCAAACGGUCACCUCGGCGGUCGGUGUCGCGUCGUCACUGUUCGGCACCGCCGCCGCGUCAUCAUACGGCGGCGCUGCCACCGCGUCUUCUUACGGUGCCGCCACCGCGUCGUCUUACGGCGGUGUCGCCACCGCGUCGUUAUCGCAUCAGCCACCGUCGCUGUCCGCGGAACAGCAGCAGUCCAACGGUUCCGCGGUAAAAUCGAACUGCACCAGGUGCAACAACGGCACGUCCAUGUUUUCGUCGCCACCGCCUCCGAGUUUCGUGUCUACCUCUGCUUCCUCGUCGUCCGCUGCAGCCGUUAACCCGGCCAAAUCAAAACCCAAUCACGUCAAAACCAACACGAACGUGAAUUAGUAGUAGUAGUACUGGGGACAAAUACGUUUUUUAUUUUUAUGUUAGUGUACGUGGGAACGGUGUCGGACUAAGAACGGUGUGCCGAAGUGAUAGAGAGACCCUUAGAACGCGUCGUCCGGUGAUUUACAUAAUUACCAUAUAUCCGAACAGUGUACAAUCGAAAACAAUACGAACCGCAUAACCAUCGAAGUCCAUUGCGCCGUCACUCGCUGCCCGGUACCGUUUACUAAAUUCUCAUCGUUUUCGUACCGGUCCGAUGUUGAUCCGAUGAUUUAUAACCUUCGGCGAACGCAGCAGUGACACUCGCGAGACAUCUGCACCUAGCAUUUAUACUACCCAUCACUCCAAGGGCGACCCUUCUGUUACCGAAAAGAACGGCCAUCUUGUUCUUGUACGAAGUAGGUGAAUCGGGUCCCGGCAAAACCAAAUUUAUUUUAUUAAUAAUAUAUCUACUAAAAAAAAUGUAAUUAAAAACAUGCGUGUUGUAAAAUAUAAAC